GUUGGCAUAUACUCACUCGUGACAGGUAAACAAAGUGAAUACAAGAUGUUGGUAGUUCUGUGUUUAGCAGCAACGGCUCAGCUGACACACGGAGCAGGGAGCGCGCCUCUCAACCUUAAUGUCAGCCUUAUCAGCUACUUAAGUGGAGGGUCCUCGUCCAGCAUCAACACAGCCCUUUCCACCGCCGUUGAUUCUCAGGGGAGAGUGUAUGUUGCCGGAAGUGGGCCAUUUAACUUUGGUGCGCAUGCGCAGGGAUCAGGAGACGGAUAUGUAUUAAGGCUGAAGAAUACCGAGUCCUCUGUUGACGGGGUAUGGAGAUUCAGCUCAGAGGUAACUGGUAUCAGAGUCAGAGAUGUGGCUGGUACUCCUAGAAUUCUCAUCCAGGGAGAUUUUGGUAUUACAGUCCUCGACCAGAACUUCAAACAGGUCUGGAAUGUUGCUCACGGCUGCUCCGGAACCAAGUGCAAGAGCGACAUCGCCACCGACGGUACUGUGUCCAUGCUGUUGACGUCAGGGCAUCUCUUCCAUUACGACGCCAGUGGUAAACUUCUUGGUGACAAACAGCUAGGAAAGAAUCACUACACUGACACCGCCAUAGAUCCAUACAGGAAAAUGGUUAUCUACAGCUAUUUCUUCCAAAGUUACCCACAUCACAUCCCGGUGCAAGUCCCGUGCCUUUUAGCAAUGGAUUAUUUGCUGUCAAAAGUGAUCUGGACGGAUUACUGUGUUGGAGGCAUCGAGGACUAUGACACACAGAACAUGGCCGACAGUCGCAUCCAACACAUCUACUACAACGACAAUGACAAGAAACUUUACUUUGCUGGUUAUACCGACGGCGGCAACUCCAUCUUCAGAUACGACACCGAGGAUAUCCAAAACAACCACGGCAGCCUCCAUGGAUUAACGAUUAUGCCAUCGCACCAGAGGCCGACGUAUGACAAGUACGUGAAUACCUACAACAUGCACGGUGCCACCUCGAUAUCGGUAGGGGGAAGAAUCGAUACUGAUCGCGGACAGGUGGAGGAGGUGCAGUUCUAUAUUGCCAGGCUAAGCAGCGGCGCCGGCAACAGUGUGAAGAGCAUUGAGAUCGCUGCUGGUGUCAACAGUGUGAUGUUUAUGGCGCAGUCCUCCGUGGCUUCCAUUGACAACAGAAAUGACUUGAAAAUCAACAACAUGACUGUGGGUGGUUAUGGCGGCUCGGAUGCAGUAUUACUGGCUGUUCCAAGUAAUUUCAGUGAGCGCCUGGCGUGGCAUACGUUUGCUAAGACCAGUGGGCAUGCCAACGCUGUCACGGUUUCUGUCAAUGGUUACAAUGGAAAAAACAGGGUAGCAUUCAUUGCAUCCUCUCAGGAGGUGGAUUUCUUCGAAGUGAAGCCGAUUUCUGGCACCAAAAGAGCAAGUGCUAAGGAUACACAGUACGUUCUGGUAAUUUUGGAUAUGUAGGCAUCGUCUAUGUCUAAACAUAUUUGAAAAUGUAUUUAAUAACAAUAAAGGAGACGACAACGUGA